UGUUUUAGUUCUCCUCUGGACUUAGAUACCAAUUAUUCGGUUUUAACGCAUGGCUGGCGUUUUUUUCACCCAGAAUAAAAAACAAGUUAUAAGGAGUCAGUCAUUUUAAAUUUUACACCGGCAAAAACUCGGAAGCUAUGUCACAGUUUUCCGAAUGAAUCAUGGCGACACAGAUGGCGGUAAAUUCGGGAGCCAGUCUGUGGGGGCCACUGAAAGAGCUAUGGGAAACUGUGGAGGGAGCGGUGGUGAGGAGACAGCCGGAGAGUGUCCACCUGCUGGACCUGCAACUGAAGAAACACAAACCGCACUUUCUGUCACUCUUUAAAAACCCGCCUAAAAGUGCAGAACAAAGAGAAAAAGUGCGCAAAGCCAGCACAGACGGCAUCGCCAUCCAAGGUCAGCAGGGGUCACGGCUCCUUCCAGAGCAGCUUCUGACAGAAGCCUUUAUCCUCAGUGAUCUGUUUGACAUUGGAGAAUUGUCAGCCUUGGAGCUCCUACUAGCAGGUGAACAACAGCAGCCAUAUUUUCCUGGUCUUACUCGAGGUUUAGUUGCUGUUUUACUCUACUGGGAUGGGAAGCUUUGUAUGGCCAGCUCUCUACGGUCACUCAUCCAGUCACGCCAAGGCAAAACCUUCACCCUUGAUCUAAGUGCAGAGCUGGUGGCAUUGACAACACGUUUUACAGAUGAGCUGAUGAACCAGGGUCUGACUAAACGCAUCCUCACCCUGGUGUCAGAAAUAAGUGUGACGCGUGAGUUUGAACGGCUGCAGAAGGAGCGUGGCCUGGGCAAUGAAAAGCACAGGAAGGAGGUUUCUGACCUUAUCAAAGAAUGCCGACAAGCACUAGCAGACAGUCUGUUUUCAUGGACCUGCCAAUCACCCUUGAGUAAAGACGAUACCCUGGCUCUCAUCGGGCAUCUGGAGACGGUGACGGCUCAAGCUGACGGCUCCCUGGACAGCGUGAACCUGGCUCUGGUUAUGUCACUGCUCUACUGCUUAGAUGUCAGCUUUAUAGAGCAAGGGACUGAAGAUAGGGAAGAUCUGCUCCAAGCGCUGCCGCUGCUGACUGAGAGGCAGUAUGUGUCUGCAAUACACAGUCGUCUGAUGGACGGUCAACCGUGGAAGCUUCCAGGACUCCAGGCUGUGUGUCGACUGGCUUGGGCUCUGUCCUUGAGAGUUCUUUCUCAGCUACCACAAGGCUCCGCCCUGGUUGAGUUCACAGAGGCAGAUGAGUCUCUGGCCGACCAGGCUCUCCUUGGCGAUGUCUUCCUGUUCAUGAAGGAGGGCAUCCUGGGAUGUGAGAGUUUUUCCCAAGAAGAGUUUUACAUCCGACGCCUCCAUUCGCUCAUCACAGACUUUUUGGCACUGAUGCCAAUGAAGGUGAAGCAGCUUCGUAACCGAGCGGAUGAAGACGCCCGACUGGUGCACAUGUCCCUACAGAUGGGCAGUGAGCUUCCAUCAUCACUGCGCAAGGACUUGGACCAUCUCAUGAUCCUGAUUGGAGAAUUUUACAGUAAAGACCCCUUUGGACUGGAGCUGGGUGUUGAAUUCUGGUGUCCCACAGAGUCGCUCCAACACACCUCCCUGCAGGGGUCCUACCUGGGAAUGGCCCUACAGCGACCGCCACAUAAACAAGUGGUUCUGUCCAAGUUUGUUCGUCAGAUGGGCGACCUUCUGCCCUCCACCCUCUACAUCUCCUACCUUCGGAUGUUAAAAGGCCUCGCUAAUGGCCCUCAGUGUGCUCACUACUGCUUCAGUCUCCUGAAAACCAAUGGAGCCACACACAGUGACAACAUCCAGGGCGUUUCCGGAAGUCCAGUUUCUUGGGAGCAUUUUUUCCAGUCCCUCAUGCUUUACCACGAGAACCUGCGACGAGACUUCCCAAACCCGGACGCAGCCCAGUACCGCCACCCGCCUCUCCGGGGCAUCACCCAAAGAGAGCUGGAGGGACUAACUUCCUUUUUGGAGUUGCUCACCGUCAUCAUCACAUGGAGUGAAAAUGCUCGGCUGGCCUUGUGCGAACACCCGCAGUGGGCCCCGGUUGUGGUGAUGCUGGGUCUGCUGCAGUGCAGCGUUCCUCCCAUCCUGAAGGCCGAGCUCCUGCUCUGCCUGGCGGCCUUUGGGAAGUCACCAGAGAUCGCCGCUUCGCUCUGGCAGUCGCUGGAGUACACACAGAUCCUUCAGACAGUGCGAGCCUCUGGACAAAGACAAGCAGCAGGAAUCGAGGUCGAGCUGAAUGAGAUCGAGUCGAGCUGUGAGGAGUAUCCGCUGACGCGAGGCUUCUGUCAUCUGAUCAGCACGCUGGUCGAGAGCAGUCUGCCAGUCAAUCUGGGGGCGGGGCUCCGAGUUCCCGGCUUCCAGCCCUACCUCAACUUCCUGCGAGACUCCGUGUUCCUGCCGUUCCCCACCAGAGCCUACCGCCGCCCGGCGGAGAAGUGGGAGGUCGCCGACUCGGUGCUGGAGGUGUUCCACAAGCUGCUGCGGGACUACGAGCCGCAGCCGUCAGACUUCAUCCAGGAGAUGGUGGAGCUGCAGGGGGAGCAGGUCCCGGCCCACAAGCCCCCCGGCCACAGCAUCAUGUUCCACCUGCUCAACGACUCGCCCAUGCUGGCGCUCUGCCUCAGCCUGCUGGAGGAGGGCGUGCGCCAGCUGGACACCUAUGCACCCUUCCCUGGUAAAAAGCACUUGGAGUCGGCAGUGCUGCACUGCCUGUGCCUCCUGGACUUGGCUUUGCAGAAGGAGGUGAUGUUUAUGGACCUUCUGAGGGAGAGCCAGUCCUCCCUACUGGUUUCUCCGCUGGAGCAGCUCCUCCAGGGCGUCAGUCCUCAAACCCGAAGGGCCGAUCACAUCGUCAAUAUCGCCAGAUAUCUGUACCACAGCAGCUCAAACCCGGAGGCUGGUUUCCAGAGUGCCAAGAUCCUGCGUCGCAUUGCCAACUACCCCAACAUUCAAACUCGACUGGUGGGAGACUUCACACACGACCAGACUGUGAGUGACAAGCUUAUGGCCGGUUUUGUGGAGUGUCUGGAUAACGAGGAGGCAGAAGAAGGAACCGAGAAAGGAGAUGAGUUGGAGCAACCGAAGAAGGUGGCAAGGAUCCGACACGAGACUCAGAUCCACAUCCUCAACCUGCUCAUCACCUCUUUGGAAUUGAAGGCGCCUAAUCUGGCACUUUACCUUCUGGGCUACGAAGUUAAGAAGUCCGUGUCCUCAACCAAUCUCCAGGACCCAGGCGUGUUGGGGUGUCCACGGAGCUGCCUGCAUGCAAUCCUGAGUCUGCUGCAGAGAGGAACUGAGAAGAGGUCCGGGCCUGCACUGACACAGAAGGCCCCCCACCUGGCUGAGCUCUGUUAUCAGGUGAUCUACCAGCUGUGCGCCUGCCCAGACACAUCUGGACCCACCAUGCGCUAUUUGAGGACCAGCCAGGACUUCCUGUUUUCUCACUUGCAACACCUACCCUUCCUUCUGAGCGGUAACCAGAUUGCCGCCUUGUCCCAGAUGUCUUGGCUCAUGAAAACAGCUGCAAUCGAGCUGCGAGUGACUUCGCUGAACCGUCAGCGCUCACACACACAGCGGCUCGUCAGCCUCCUGCUGGACGACCAGCCACACGCUCAGCAUGCAGUGGACGGGGAGUCAGGCAUAGAAGAAGAGACCAGAUCAGUCAGCGGAUUUCUGCAUUUCGACACAGUUUCUAAAGUGCGCAGGAAGUUGCUGAGUGUGCUGGACGCCAUUGACUUCAGUCAGGACAUGCCUGAGUUGCUGCAGCUGGACUUCUUUGAGCGCACUCAGAUAGAACAGGUGAUCUCCAACUGCGAGCACGUCAACGAGCAGGGACACACUGUCUGCAACGUCAAGUUGCUUCACAGAGUGUUGGUUGCUGAGGUGAACGCACUUCAAGGAAUGGCAGCCAUUGGACAGAGACCCUUAUUAAUGGAGGAGGUGAACUCCAUCCUGCAGCAAGUGGUGGAGCGUAACCACGUCCGCCGGAGCCUGAGCGCCAAGCGUCAAGCGUUGCAGUCCUGGAGGAGCCUGGUGGAGACUCUGCUCACCGCCUGCCCCGCCGACCUGAUUCCAGCUGACGACAGGCAGCUCAUCAUCAGAGACCUCCUGCUGGACCUGCAUGACAAGGUGCUGUCCGAGGAUGCGGCAGGAGAACUGAUGCCCAUAGUUGCGGGGGCCGUCUUCACUCUGACGGCCCACCUCAGUCAGUCGGUGCUGUCGGAGCAGCAGCAGGGGGAGGGGCUAGAAGCCUCCUCCGGCUUCGCCUCCAUCGCCAACUCUGCCCUGCACCUGAUUCUCCGCAAGCUGCUCGACUUCAUCCUCUGUACUGGAGGUGGAUACCAGCGUCUGCGUGCUCACCUGUACGGCUCUCUGCUGUACUACCUUCAGAUCGCCCAGAAACCUGAAGAACCAGACACUCUACAGACAGGGAAAGCGAUGUGGGAGCGUCUCACUGCCCCUGAAGACGGUUUCUCCAAACUGCAGAGAGAGAACCUGGCCAUCAUCGAGAGCUACGGCAAAGCUCUGAUGGAGGUUGUGUGUCGGGACGCCUGCGAUGGCCAUGAGAUCAGCCGGAUGCUGGCGCUGGCCGUUCUGGACCGGAUCCUGUCGAUAGACCGCCAGAACCAGUGGCUGCUGUAUGUGUGCAACAGCGGCUACCUGCGCUCGCUGGUGGAGAGCCUGAGACAAGACGAUGCCGCCCUGCAGACGAUGCUCACGCCUCAGCCGCCGCUCCUCAAGCCGCUCUACAUCUACGAGAGCAAAAUGGCUCUGUUGACUCGCGUGGCGAAGACGGGCGAGGGAGCUGUGGAGCUGCUGCGCUGCGGUCUGGUGGCUCAGCUCAUGGAGUGUCAGGUGUUUGACAUGGUUCCUGACAGCGACGCACACCGGGUGAUGAGGGACCCGUCAGGCUUCAUCCCCAGUCCUCUGGAUCGCUACCGGCAGAUCCUGCUGCCGACCUUAAGGCUCUUUCAAGUGAUCCUGACGUCUACCUCCAUAAACCACCAGCAGGGGGCAGCACAGGUUCUCCAGUGGCUGAUUGUCCAUGCAGACACCAUCCAGUCCCUGCUGCGAUGCCAGGAGCUCAGUAUGGGAGCUCUGCAGGAACUCUCCCUGCUCACUGGGAUCAUUAGUAAGACUGCUCUGCCAGGUGCUCUUGAAAUGGGUGGAGAAGUGAACAGUGCAGCUCUGAUGGAGUUCCAGGGACACAUUAACAGAUUCCAGCGCCUGUGUCUGUCUCUGCUCGGCCGCCUGGCAGGAAGUGAGCGUGAGAGGCUGCUGAAGCAGGCGGAGAUCUCUGCUCCCGGGGAAUCUGCAGAGCGGCGAGAAGAGAUGGAGGUGGCCAUGCAGCAGGUGUGCGCUAACAUCAUGGAGUACUGCCAGACCCUCCUCCUGCAGAGCUCCACCCAGGCUCAGUUCAGCAUCUGCCUCUUCAGCCCGUCUGGCAGCGAGCCAGCGUCCCGGGACGGAGGACGAACAGAUCUCCCCUCCGCUCUGCCGUCGAUGGCUUACUCCCGAGUCCCGAGCUUGGGUCUGAUCCUGUACCUGCUCAAGAACAGCGCCGCUGAUUUCUUCCGAUUCCACCAAAGUCACCGACAGAGCCUGGGCAAACUGCAGAGCCUGGAUCAGCUGCCUCCGGAGGAGCUCAAGGAGCUGUGCCAGGGCCUGGUGUCCGGCCCGGGAGGCGUGGAGAAAAUCUCCUCCGUCCAGAGGAGCCUGCUGGCCAAGAGACGGCUGGUCCAGCUCAUCAACAACAGAGCCAAGCUGCUGGCGCUCUGCUCCUACGUCAUCGAGACGUGUUUGUUCGUUUUGUGGCGUCAUCUGGAGUAUUACCUCCUGCACUGUACGCCCUCCGACCCCAAAGACUCUCUGCUGCCCGGAGCCAGUUUAUACCGAUCUCGACUAGCCAACGAUGCUUUCGGCGGGUUGCAAGCAAGCGGGAGCCGAGGACUCGGCCUGUCGAGAGUCAGCCAGCAAGACCUGGACGUGCUGAAGAGCGACAUGGCGGCGGGAUUCGGCGAGGCUCUGCAGAGGAAGCUGCUGGAGGUGGAGGGCCUGUACAGCCAGGUCCGCUCUCGCUACACCUUCAUCCAGGCUCUGGUGCGCCGGAUCCGCGGCCUGCUCCGGCAGUCCAAAGGCUGAGACGGACAAACAAAGACGCUCUUUUUUCCCCUGUGAUGAGACUUCAGCCACACGUCGAUGGAGACCCAGCAAACUUCUCUAAAAGACUCGAAACUUUUCCUCACUUUGGCUGAAUGAGAUAAAAUAUCCUGAAUAUUUCCACUGACUGGAAGAUGUGAGGCAAAAAAAAUCACGUUUUUAAUUGUAAGAAACAUUUGAUAUUUUUGUUUGAUCUCACUUUUUUUUUGGGGGGGGGGGGGGCUUUUUUUUGUGAAAAUAAACGU